AUGGCCAUCUUUAAGACUCUGGCUAUUGUACUCCUUGUAGGAAUCGUCUUCAACCUUGCUGUUUCUGAUAUGGUGAUCAAAAACUUGGUGGAGAGUGACCAAGCCCCGCAGAUAGACUGUGCUUCGGCUUGUGCCGCGAGGUGCCAAUUGUCGUCGAGGCCAAACCUAUGUCACAGAGCAUGUGGUACUUGCUGUGCUCGUUGCAACUGCGUUCCUCCGGGCACUUCAGGCAACUAUGAUGUGUGUCCCUGCUAUGGCAACAUGACAACUCACUAUGGCCGGCAUAAGUGCCCUUGA